UUUUUUUAAAUGUCAAUGAAAAGUUUUUAUUUACAGUUAGAACUUUGAGAUUGCCGUAUGUUUGUAAUAGUACGACCUUCUUUUGUAAAAUUGUAGUUGUACUCCCUAGUCUUGUUUGUAGUGAAAACAUAGUCACCAUUUGGAUGAUAUGGAAAUCGUUGCAGAGAGUCACUGGGCGUUGAUCCACCCUCUGCAGUCCAUUUCCAAGAGAACCUAUCGAAUUGUAGUCUUUAUUGUGUUAUGGGUUAGCUUUGCUUCCACAUACCUCUUGAAAAAACCUUUAGGUGUCAUCAAGUCAGACAUAGCCGAGGACUUGCAUCUGUCCAAAUUCGAAUUGGGCAUGUUGGAUACAGCUUUGCUCUUACCUUAUGCCGCAAUGCAGGUUUUUCUGGGGCCACUGGCAGACUACCUCGGACCAAGAAGAACUUUGGCUUUUUGCCUGUGCUCUGCCGGAGUGUUCAUGAGCCUUUUUGGACUGAUAAGUUCGUUUCAUUUUUCCCUCUUCCUGCUCUUUCUCUGUGGUACGUGUCUUGCACCCACUUGGCCCGCGUGUUCCAAGGCAUUAGCAUCUUAUUUCGAGAAGCAGAGAGACACUGUUUUCGGUAUCUUCUCGACAUCAGGCUCAGUCGGUGGCAUAUGUGGAACUGGCCUGGCCGUUUGUACUCUAAAUGUUUACGGUUGGCAACUGUCUUAUCUGGUACCAGCCGCCUUCUCAAUUGUGAUGGCCGCGUUAACAUUCGGCCUCGUUUAUAGCCCAGAAGAGAUGGGGCUCAGUGGCGCUGGACAUUUACAGUCGAGCAGUGAAACGAUCACAUCUUGUAAGAAAUCCCCGACGACGAUUAGAAGCUGGUUGAAAUUAUGGGCCAUUCCGUUGAUCCCGGAAAUAACGUUGGCGGUCUUUACGCUCAAAGUAGUCCGAUACUGUAUGUACAUGUGGUUGCCCUUGUUCCUGCUCGACUAUUUGAACUACGAUAAAGUCCAAGCUGGACUGAUGUCGACGGCCUUCGAAGUGGGCGGCGGUCUGGGCAGCGCUCUGGUUGGUUUCUUAACCGAGCGGCUCUUUUCCGGCCGCUCGCUUCCCACACUCUGUAUAUUGACGAUCCUCAGCAGUUUGUCUUUGCUCCUCUUCGCCAUGACGGCCCAAUUUGGAGCCGCAAUCAAUAUCCUCUGCCUUGUACUAGCUGGAGCCACAAACUGCGGGCCCGAUUCCUUACUCAGCGGAUCCAUACCGGCCAGACUGGGCGAACGGAACGGACUUGGAGCUGGGGGGGCCUUGACAGGCCUCGUUAACGGAGCUGGAAGUGUAGGGACGGUUAUAGAAGGUCCGAUCAUCGGUUUGGUGGCCCACCAAUGGGGAUGGAUGGGUGUUUUGCUGCUAAUGGUAUUGCUGUCAUCGCUGGGAGCCCUCGCUCUGUUACGGGCCGCCUUGAGCGUUUGGAGUCUAUCCCUGACGGCCAGUAACGACGACCAGGGUGAACAGAAUUGGCCCGUCUAACUAGGCUUUGAAAUAGCAACGUAGGUCUGCUAUCUUGGAACUAGAAAAGCCAAGCAACAAUUAAAAGAACAACAAUACCAUCCGCCAUGACAAAUUCAAAAGAUCUCAUCUUUGUUGUUGACUUCGAAGAAAU